ACAGUUUUUGAUGCCGUUUUCUAUUUUGAAUUCACGUCAUUUUGAAGUAUCUUCAUUCAUCGAAGACUGUUGUGUUCGAGGAAGGGUCGUGCGUGCUAAUUUCAUAGAAAUUACUUACCACUGAUUCUGAGGCGCAGAUUUGACGUAUUCGUCGCGUGAUCGUCACAUUUUAAGCAUCUGGACGUCGCAGAAAAGCUUUAUGACAAACACUGUAGCCAUUGAAAACUCGUCGUUUGGCCGAUACGGUGGUUAUUAAUGGACACUUGGGUAGGAAUCCUCGCUUUUCCGAGCGCACUGUAUGCUGGCACCGUUUGACAGGAGGAGGCUGCCCUUGGCUAGCCGAGCUAGCCACUGCUAGCUAAACAACGAUUGCAGCCCGCCUGCAUUCAGCCUGUGCGGGGUUGUCGGUGUAGUGACUCUUUGACUUGGUGAUUUAUCCACCUCCAGAUAAAAUCGGGGGCCUGGGCUAAUGUCCGUCAGCCGGGGUGAGGAGGGGGGUCUGUCUCAGGCUGAGGCUGCCCCAAACAACAACAACAACCCCCAAGACCUGUUUGAAAGCCCCUCUCAAGCUGUGGCCACUGGAACCACACAGGAGGAUCAGCAUAGCAGUAGACUGCUCUUUAAAGAAACUAUGAAUCAGGUUUCUCCUGCAGUUGAUGAAGCCUCUCCUUCUUCCACAUCGUCUUUUGAGAUGCUUGACAUGAAUUCAGUUCCAGCUCCUUACCAGGAAGUUCAGCCUCACUGGUUCUUCUGUCGACGGGCUGAUGACAGCACGUCUUGGCUCCCCUUCAGCAGAGGAGACUCUGAUAGACUAGAGAAUGCCUGCAACUCUGUUCAAGGUCAGGAAGGUGAUCUGGUGGUUGCUGUGGAUGGAGAGCGAUACGAUGUACAUGUCAAGGAGAGGAAGCGCUAUGCUGUGUACUGGGAGCAAGCUCCUACUGAAGUCCGCCGCUGUACCUGGUUUUACAAAGGAGACAAAGACACCAGGUUCAUGCCUUACCCCGAGGACUUCAGCCAACGUCUGGAGGAAGCCUAUAUGAUAGCCGUGACCUUAGAUGAAUGGAAAAGGAAACUGGACUUCCCCACAGGAGAGACUGUCAUGCUGCACAAUCCAAAGCUGAUAAUGCAGUAUCAGCCAAUAGGAUUGCAGGAUGAGUGGGCCACCUCCCCCUCAGAACAGACCCGGCCGCGAACUGUCAAGAGAGGAGUUGAAAGCAUCUCUGUGGAAAUACCUGACGAGGAGCCAGAAAAAGUGGACCACCUUGUCUUCAUGGUGCACGGCAUCGGCCCUGCCUGUGACCUGCGCUUCAGAUCCAUCAUACAGUGUGUAAAUGACUUCAGGAGUGCUUCCCUAUCCCUUCUGGCAUCUCAUUAUAAGCGUGGCCAGCAGGAUGGCCAGGUGGGCCGAGUGGAGUUCCUCCCUGUCAACUGGCACAGUGCUCUGCAUGGGGACGCCACUGGUGUGGACGAGGACAUCCAGAGGAUCACUCUCCCCAGCAUCAGCAGGCUGCGACAUUUCACCAACGACACGCUGCUCGACUUAUUUUUCUAUAACAGCCCCACCUACUGCCAGACCAUAGUGGACACGGUGGCCUCCGAGAUCAACAGGCUGCACUCCCUCUUCAAGCGGCGGCACCCAGAAUUUCAUGGAACAUUCUCGGUUGUGGGACACAGCCUGGGUUCACUGAUCCUGUUUGACCUGCUGACCAAUCAAAGGAAUGAAUCUGAAACCAGAGAGGGGGUGCAACCGGGUGAACCCUGCCCUGCAAACUGUGACACUUUGGAGCAGACUCUGACCAGACUGGGCCUACAGCAAUAUCUGGAGACGCUGCGGGCGGAAAACCUUGACUCGGAGUCAUUGGCUCUCUGCCACGACAGUGAUCUAAAAGAGUUGGGGAUUCCUCUGGGACCACGAAAGAAGAUUUUGAACUACUUCAGGAGGAGGAUGUUUCCAGAGGGCUGUAGGACAGGAGCAGGACGUCAGGUUCCGGAGCUGCAAGUUCCAUCUCAAGAGACUACAGACAACAAUACGGACCAGACUUCAGGACUGAGCGCACAGCAGUCCCAGUUCCACAGAACGCAGAGCGUCACCAGCGCCGUGGACUACGAGUACUUUAACGUCGGCAUCGGACAGACCAAUGGAGGCAUAGCCAAGGGACAGGUCUCCAUCAAUUACCCACAGCUGGCAUUCCACCCUCAGACAUUUUUUGCUUUUGGCUCUCCAAUUGGGAUGUUCCUGACUGUGCGUGGACUUAAACACAUUGAUCCAAACUACAGCUUCCCAACCUGCAAGAGCUUCUAUAACAUCUAUCACCCAUAUGACCCUGUUGCAUAUCGGAUAGAACCCAUGAUUGUUUCAGACGUGGAUCUGGAGCCCAUGCUCAUCCCGCAUCAUAAAGGCCGCAAGCGGAUGCACCUUGAGCUUAAGGACAGCUUGACCCGUAUGGGUAUGGAUUUGAAGAACAACGUGCUUGGAUCCUUGCGGACAGCGUGGCAGUCCUUCGCCAGAAUGCCUGUGGCUGCACUACCUCCAGUGGAAGAAGGAGAAAAUUCCAUUGAGAAAAACCUUCAGGAAGCACAUGCAGACGUGUGUGAGGAGGCGGAAUCCCCAGUGUCAACGGAGCAGAUGGAGCAGCUGGAGCAGCCGGAGAUCAAAAUGGGAAUGCUGAAUGAAGGGAGACGGAUCGACUACGUGCUUCAAGAAAAGCCAAUUGAGAGCUUUAAUGAAUACUUGUUUGCCAUCCAGUCCCAUCUCUGUUACUGGGAGUCUGAGGACACGGCGCUCCUGCUGCUGAAGGAGAUUUACGACAAGCUCGGCGUGCCCUUCGAACAGCCACAGCAGUCAUAACGUCGUAUGAAUGUCGACUUGCAUCCGUGAUGGUAACCUGAAAAUGAAGGACAGAACCAGAGGCUGCACAAUCCUCUCCCAGAAUGCCUUACUGUGUGAGUGUCUCCUGACUAGCAUCAUUCAGCUUCUUCUGAGAGGGGAGACCUUUUGGAUUCGGUCGGGUGAUCUUGGUUCACAUGUGGCCAUCUAACUUGAGAGAGCAGUAGCCGUGUGGGCUUUGCCUAAACUCUCAUUGCUGGACAGGAUCAUUGCUUAAACGCCACCCAGACGUCACAGUCAGGCUCCUGGUUGCACUUUUUUUCAAGUCAUUCUUUAUCCUUACCUUAGAUUUACACUUUGACACUUCUUUACAUGUCAUACCUUCACCUGCAGCUAAAACACACUCAAAAAGUCGCUAUUAACAGAAAAUGCACUUGUGGAAAUGUUUGUUUUCAUGUUGGAUAACACAUCAAACUGGAAUUUACAUUUAGAUGGUAUUCCUUUGCAAUUUGCACCAAAACACAAUUUAAAAUUGUAGAAACUAAUUGAAGUAGUAGAAUAUAUUUGAUACAUUUUGAUGCAUCUUCCUAUGCAAAGCCUGGGAUCCUAAUGUUUAAAUAUACUUUGGUAUGAUGUUAAACUGUUCUACAAAACAUCUCUAAAUGACAAAACCCUCUUCUAAGAAAGCUCUCUCCCUUAGAAUAAAUUCAGUCUCUAAGACAUUUGCCUGUUGAUCUGAUAAAUGUAUGUUUUGUUUUACAUUUUCGGGCAGUUCUGUUCUCGCUGCCCGACUCAAGGCCAUUUGAAGUCCAAAGCUGCUACUCCUGUGUUUGUGCAAUCUGACCACAAUGUUUAUACCUCUUCUGUCACUGAACACACAGUCCUUGCUUGUCUUUAUGUUCGACUCACAUUAUUAUUAAUGUAUGUAUUGUCUUAGACAAGUACAUUGCGGAAGUAAUCCCGGCGAAGAACUCUGUUGCAACUGAAGUAAAGAAAUGAAGGAACAGAAAAAAAGAGACUUGUUUCACCACAUUGUUUAUUUGCACUGUAAGUAUGAUUGAGUACAGUAUUUCUCCUCCAGGUCCAUGGUACACUUCCACUAAUAUUCUCCUGUUUUUUUUUCUCUCUUCUGUAUCUUAAGCGCACCAUUUUGCAAAACUCUGGUCCAUACUAGUGAUAUAAGGUUCCUCCUAAAAUAUGUUUGGUUUUUAUGCAGAUAUGCAUUCUUCAUAAGCAGUUCCAAUUUUUGCGUUAGCUUCGGGGCCAAAUCAGUCCUGUUUCUCCUUUUUUCUUUUGUAACAAUGCCGUGUUAUUACCUUUGCCGUUUGUGCUUGCAUGCACUUCUUUUUUAUGUUAGAGCGGAGGUUCUCAGCAUAUUCUGGUCCUAAUAUGAUGUCAAUAUCUUUGUAGUUUUCAGGAACCCAGCAAUAAGAACAUAUUCAUGUCCAAAUUAUAUUGAAUCUGAUUUAAAUAAUAUGAUUUAUAAAUUAUAUAGAAAGCUGUUUUCAAAAAUAUUUUUUUGUUUUGAAAAUAAUUCAAGAUAUUAUUAUAUCGGUGUUAAAACUAAACCACAUCUACAUAUAGAAUACAUAUAUGGUCCAGAAAACCCACAUUAGAAACCCCUGUGUUACAGUGAAUUACUUUAUCCCAAUAGAAGAUGUCUUUGUUAUGCACUGUCAUCGAAGCUGAGUCCUCUUCCCUGAAGCUUUGAAUGACCUCCUACAUAACCCUAUGGGCGCAACAUCUGCACAAAAGAUGAAUUAACCUUUUAGGGUUGUUCACUUCCUUACUUUAAAAUGCACUGACUACAAAGCCACAGUGUCAACAUACUCUUGAACUUUCCUAUUGUCGAUACACAUUGUCAUAUUUAAGCAAGAAAGGACUUCAAGGUUUUUGAUUGGUCCUCUGACAAUAAGCUGAUACAUACCAAAAAGACAAGCACUCCUCUUUAUGUGAAGGUGGUUACAUGUUUUGUUGUGCCAUAAUAAAAACAUUA